AUGUCUUUUGCAGAGACCUUAAUAACUCAACUCGAGACGAACCCGCUAAACUGGUUCCUCUUCGCAUUUCUUAUUUACGUGGUGUACUCAUACUUGACCCCUCCAAAUCACGAUCCCCCCAAAGCGAGACAUCCGGAAACAACUGUCUUUCGUCACUAUACACCUAGACAGCUGAGAGCAUAUGAUGGCCGAAGUCAAAAUAAAAUCUACCUGGCCGUAUGCGGAAAUGUGUAUGAUGUGACACGGGGACGUAAUUUCUAUGGUCCAGAUGGACCAUACGGUAAUUUUGCUGGUCGUGAUGCCUCGCGCGGUUUGUCCAAAAAUUCAUUUGAUCUCGAUGUAUUGACACCAAUUGAUCAGCCGAUUGAUACUCUGGAAGAUCUAACGUCAGAAGAAUUGGACGUUUUGAGAGAUUGGCAUGAUCAUUUCAGAAACAACAAGGAUAGGAUGUAUGAUAAUUUAUCAUGUCUUGACGUGACUGAAAGAUGA